AUAUUCUGCUAGCAACCUUCAGGUGAAGAUGUAGAACUCUCAGCUCCUCCUGCACAAUUUCUGGCUGGAUGCUGUCAUGUUCCCACUUUGAUGAGACGGUUCUGAGACUCUGAACAUGUAAGCCAGCCUCAAUUAAAUGUCCUUUAUAAGACUUGCCUUGGCCAUGGUGUCUGUUCACAGCAGUAAAACCCUAACAAAGACAACAGUUAAAACUAACUCUCCUCACAAUGUCCAGUCUAGAACACUCUCUUCUUCAACUGCUUGCCUUGUGGAACUGAGCAACUGCUAGAUCCUUGGACUUCCAUUCACGCUUGCUGCUGACCAUUGUUGGGAGUUGGACUAUGGACUAAAUACAGAUUCAUCAGGCUGUGGACUUAGUCUCCAUGUGUGUGUGUCCAAUCAGUUCAAGCUGCUGUUGACCUGUUUGCACUAAUGACAUCACUUGAUAACCAAGGCCUUUGGUCUGAAAAAGACAUUCUGAAGUUACUGGAAUGCAUGGAGCAUAAUAUCCCAUCAGAUGACUCCAGAGAAUUCAAAAAGAGCCAGGCCGAUCUAAACUGGAGCAAAGUAGCUUUUGGACUGUUUUCAGGAGAAAUGUGCAAACAGAAAUGGAUGGAGAUUUCUUAUAAUUUAAGGAAGUUCCGCACACUGACAGAAUUAGUGCAAGAAGCCAAGUUUUCUUUUACAAAAAAAACUCACAAAAAUAAAAUACUCACGGAGCAUCCUGACCGACCCAAAAGACCCUUGACUGCCUAUCUGCGCUUUUACAAGGAACAGAGAGCCAAAUACUGUCAGAUGUACCCUAAGUACAGCAACGCACAGCUGACCAAAAUCCUGGCUGAGAAAUACCGUCAGCUGCCAGCAGAGAUAAAGCAGAGAUAUAUCAUGGACUUCAAGAAGGAGAAAGAAGACUUUCAGAAAAAGAUGAGGCAAUUCAAGAAAAGACAUCCUGUUUCAGGGCAUCCUAAGAAAUCUGUGGUGCCCCAGAGUCACCCAACCAAAGUCCCUACGAAGUCACAAGGAGAUAUAAAAAAUGUAAAGUCUCUUGUAAAAACAGAAUCUCCCAGAACAGUUUCUUCAGAUAUGAAAUUUCAGGGAGAACCCAGGAAACCCCCUAUGAAUGCAUAUCACAAAUUUCACCAAGAGUCAUGGUCAAGUCCGGAGCUGAGGCAUCUGUCCUUUAGGAAGCGCUGGGUUGAAAUUAGCAGGCGUUGGCAUCAAGUCCCAGAGAACGAGAAAGAGCAUUAUAGCAAUCAGGUCAAGAGGCUACAGAAACAAUACAGGGUGAAGCUGGAUCUCUGGCUCAAGAGAUUGUCUCCUGAGGAAUAUGCUGCAUACAAAGAGGCAAAGGCCACCUGUGGUAAGCGAAAGAACAUGAGCAUGUCUGGAGGCAGAAGCUCCAAGUUUGGACGAACAGAGCAGUCCUCCUCAGAGAAAGGCCUUCAAAUAAAGCCUGGAGAGGUAGAGGAGCUAUUAGAUCCUGGGACAGAUUCCUCAGGGACUAUUCAGGGUCAUCAUGAUGGCGCCCAGUCAUCCAGGCAAGAUUUCACGGAUGAUAGUGAAGAAGACGACUCUAGCACCUCCUCAGAUUCUAGUAGUACAGAUGAAGAUGAUUAAAAUCUUCCUCGGGGGAGUCCUCAGAUUUAGACUCCAUUUUAGCCACUUUCAUAUUCCAAGUCACUGUUUAGAACCAUCCAAGCAAAACCCAGGACAUUCUCAACAGAUAGGGAACUGUUCUGUCCUCUUUGUAUUGUUGUACUCUCUCGCUUUUCUCUCUCACAUCCUUUGCUACUAAAUACAAAGGAGUAUAGUUUGGGGAGAAGGGAGUUUGCCAUAGCACUGCCUGCAUCCGGUUCCUGGGCUUAGGAAGAGACCCAACUGAACAGCACAUAAAAUAUUUACAUUUUAUUUGAACAAACUAUAAAACAGGUCUUACAAAGUGAAGCACUGCAUAUACAUUUUAGGAAGGUCUCUUAAUCUUUGCUGUGGCAAACGGUAAAUAUCACCUCUGAUAUUCAGAGUAAGUAAAAACACAAAGACUUAGAUAUAGAUAAAUCCUAUUUUAUGGCCGUAACUGAUUUGUCUGUAAUACAUUCUCCAGUACCACAUUCCUUUAAUUAAGUUGAUUAGUUGACUCUUAAACAUAUUUAAUGUUAACUUCUCACCAUUUUGCUUGUAAAUACGCCAAGCUGUUCUCAUGAAUAUUAACUUUAGAAUAGUUAUAAACCUUUGAAGUUUUAUUUUUGUGUCUAAAUAUUCAUUUUCUUUAUUUUAGUUCACAUGUUUUAAAAUUUGUGCAUAUUAAAUAGGUAACUAAAUAUUUUUAUAAAUAUUUACAAAGUAUAAUGUAUAAAUCAGGUUAAAUGUGUUUCUCUUCAUAUGUUUGUAUAGUUAAGUUGAAAUUUACAUUUUAAAAUUUAUAGUACAUUAUCCCUCAUAUAUUCAUGAAUCAUUUUUUAUUUGUUCUCUCAAGGAAACAAUUAUCUUUAUGUACAUUUUGCAACAUUUCCAAUAUUUUUACCUCUGAAUUGCUUAGUCUUCCAGAGAUGUUGGAUUAAGUAUAAAUAAAAAUAUCAAAAGAUAAGUGAUAAAUUCCUGUCUUUUUUUUUUUUUAAUUUUAGCUAAAAUUUACAGGAUUUGCUACCAUAAAUUUGGGUUGAUAUAUGAAUUUGAAUUAAGUUAUAGCAUUUACUUAUACAAUUUACUUAUACAAUUAAACAACUUUAAUAAAUGAUGAUUAUUAAUUUUGUCCUACUU